UUUUAUAACUAAUAAUCUGAAAUGGAAUGUUACAACUCGAGAGGGUACAAGGAUUACAUCCCUCUAAGCUUGGUUAAGGAUGAUAUCAAGAAAAGGAUCCGGUACUGCCAGAUCAAGACUGAAAACUAUAAGGUCUUACUUAAAUUAUUGAAGGAAGUCUCUCAAGAAGCUAAAAAGAUUAAUGAAAGUUCAGAUCCAGAAAAGACUAGGCUUGAGCUUGAAAAGAAGGAAGAAAAUGAGCUGAAGAAGUUGAAAGAUGCUCUUGAUCAAGAAAUGAAAGAAAAUAAGAAGCUUAGACUUCAAAAUGAGAAACUUCUCAAUGAAACUUAUAAAACUAACGAUCUUAUAAAUAGGCAAAGGAGGAAGAACCUGUUGAUAGCGAUUCAUUUAGGUGACAAGGACCAUAAAAUUUUCAAAUAUCCUCGCGAAGCCCUCUUAUAUGUUCCUCCUACAGAAAGUGGAAUGAAGAGUAAGAAGAAGAUCAGGACUUUAUACAAGAAACAAGAGGUGUCAACAAACAUUUAUAAGAACCAAAAAAAUCAUUAAACCUAAAAUAAAGAAGGUAGUCUGAGAAAGAUGGGACUAAUAACUUCUUUAUAAAUAUUUUCACAUAAAUUUACAUGA